AUGGAAGAAGGUGAAGACCAACGCAGACUCCACUGUCCUCCUCAAACGGAGAUUUCAGGCCCAGUGAGUACAGUGCUGCGUUUCUUUGUUUCAUUGAAAGAAGCAAUAACUCUGCCUGAGGCUGAGCAUGAAGAUACUGACAUUGAGCAGUCGCUUGAUUUUUCUCACCAUGCCACGCUUUUCCAGCAGCAAACCGGCUAUCUUCUCAUGCAACUGGAUAGUGUAGAUGUGGGAGAAACAGUUAACGAUAAUGCAGUGGAGGGAGAUCAACAUCAGAACUUACAUCAAGCUGAUCCUGAGGAUAUCACAUUGCCUAAACGUUAUGAUCCAUCAGAUGCAAAUGCAGAUUUGUUCAACCAUCGCUACGAGAGAUUUGAAAUUGAGGGAGAUGACUUGGACUUCACAUCAGGAGACCCCGCACAUAAUCGACCGCCUUCUCCAAAUUAUCUAAUACCUUCUCCACCUCGUCAAGACCAGCAUCAGGAAGGACAGCAGCCUAAUAAUGUGUUUAAUGAAGUGGUGCAAAUGCAGGAUGUUCAAGAGAAUGCUCAACAGAGGCAGAGGCAGAGGCCUAUAAGGAGGAGAGAGAGAAAAACACCAGCCUCUGUAAUGGAUAAUGACCAAACAAUCCAUCCUGCUCAUGUCUACCAAUCUUUGCUUGAAGAUACUACAGAGCUAUCUAUAGCUUCAAGAAGACGAAGAAACCAAAAGCCUAACAACAUAAUGUCUACUAUGAAGAUUAGUAAACUCAUGGAGCAGCCAGCUAGCGUUCUCAUGGGUCGUUUAUUUAAACCUGGAAAGCUAUUCAAGGAAAAACAUACCCAUGACUCACCUUCUGCAUUAACCUUGCCACCUCUGCCUCCAGAACCAUCAUUAUGGUCACCACCUGGAAGACAAACUUAUCAAUACCCGCCUGUUGAAGAUUUUUAUAGUGGAGGUGGCUCCCUGUCAUUUGUAAACCCCAUAGAACUGAUACGGACAAAUUUAGUUAACAAUGACGUACCAGUGCAACCUGAAGCCAAUCUUAAUGCCAUGAGAGGAGCUGAUACCAACCCGGCAACACCAGGAAAUGCUGGUACAUUUAUAAUCUCUACAUCUCUUCUCUCUCAUUUCUCUAGUUAUUGA